UAUAUAUAGAGAGACACACCAUACCAUCUCAUAUCAUUCAAAAAUAAAUACUAGUAAGCAAAAAAUAAAAUGAAGUUCAUUCAAGUUUUGUUCAUUGUUUUCUUCUCUCUUCUCAUGGUUGCUAACAUGAGCUAUGGAAGAAAGGAUUUGGGAGAGUAUUGGAAGAAUAAGAUGAAUGAGGAAGCAAUGCCAGAAGCAAUUAAAAAUCUUAUUAAAGUUCCAGCUCAAGAAAAAGAUGAUCAUUCUUUUGUUAAGGAUUUUGAUGUUCAUUCUAAUAUCAUAUUAUAUCAUCAAAAACAUGACAAGCAAGUUCCAAGUGCAGAAAAAGAAGAUCAUUCUUUUGUUAGGAACUUUGAUGUUCAUCCUAAUAUCAUAUUAUAUCAUCAAAAACAUGACAAACAUGUUCAACCUUGAAGUAAAGAAAAUGGAUUCAUUGCUAUCAAAUAAGGGUUGAAAUUAGCCUUAAAAAAGAAUAAA